ACCAUGUAUCUCGUGGAUCUAACGGACACUACUACGCAGCAGCCAAGUCCACAUCGCAAGAUCACAUGAAAUGUCCUAUUUGGGACAGGGUCGUGUCCGAAGUUAACGGUUCAUAUUUGACCACCACAUCUCACAGGAAUCUACUGUGUUUCUCUGAACUUUAAUUCUCAAAAUUCUCUGUGAUAAUCAAAGCUACAUUGGCCUAUAGGCUACAGAUGUUUUGUCAACAACAAAAUGAACACACUCUGUGCGCUUGUGUUUUUCUUUUUGGUUCCAGUUUCCAUUUUAGCAGGUUCUCACACUUUGACGGCGCUUGCAUCUUACAUUAGAGGAGAACGUGCAUUUAGUGCUUCAAUUAUGUUGGAUGACAUCACUGUAGGAUAUUAUAAUUCUGAAACAAAGAUCUAUGUUUCAAGAGGAAAUAACACAAAUGAAGAUGAUGUCAUUGAUCCAAAUGACAUCAGUAAGAUAAGUAACUAUGUGCUUGAUCAUUUUACAGAACGAUCAAAUCACCUGAGACCUGUCAACACAGAAAGUCAUGUAGCUUAUCAGGUGAUGGGUCUUUGUGAACAAAGUGACAACAAACUUGGACAAGUGAUGAGCAAAACUGCUUACAGAGGCUCUAAAAUUGAUGAGCUUAAUUUUUUUGAUGGUAACUUCACAUAUCAGUCAUUUUCAAAUCUCACGGAACAAGAAAUAAGACCCAAUCUAAAAUUAUCUAAGGGGCGUCUUGAGAAUUUAUAUUACCCAGUCUGCAUAAAAACGCUGAAGAAUUACCUCAAAAAGAGAGAAGCCCAAGUAAACAGAAGAGUGAAACCGCAAGUCAGACUUAGUCAAAAAGCCUUCUCAGAUUCUGGAGGGUUUCAUGUAAGUUGUUUGGCAACAGGAUUUUACCCUCGUCACAUCAACCUGACCCUGUUCAGAGAUGGGGAGCCUGUAGAUGAUCAUGAGAUCACUGGAGAUCUGCUGCCCAAUGGUGACGGGACGUACCAGAUGAGGAAGAGUCUGGAGUUCAGUGCAGUGAAACACAAAUACAUCUGCUCUGCCACACACCUCAGUCUGGAUAACAAACUGGACGUUACUUUGGAGUCUGAUCAUGGGGAACCUUUUAAAUCAGUGAUUCCUUCAGUUCUGACGGUUUCAGCUCUGAUGUUGGUGUUUGGAGCUCCAGCUGCUAUAGUGAAGAAACGAUGUGCAGCUGCUGUAAUUCCAUGGAAAAGACGACGUGCAGACACUUUCACAACUAGUCUUUCAGAACACACUGCAGUCAACACAUAACAUGUUUAUCCUUUAUUGUACAUAAACCUGUUUUACCUUUUAGUAGUUUUGUUCAUUGUUUCAAUGGAUGACAACAAAGCAUUCCAUGUUGGCAUCUAAUUUUGUGUGACAGAUGUUUAUGCUAAAAUGCCAUCAGUUGGUUGCUCUGUAGUCUCAGCUUCAGAUGUCAUGCACACAGUCCGUUAGUCUGAAGGUCUGGCUGUUUAAAACUAGUUGCACUGUCCCAUCCUCCAGUACAUUCAGUUCAGUUUUGUUUCAGCUUAGUAUUUUCUGUUUAAAUUGACAUUGUUAUCAAUGUUCGGUGCUGAAAUUGCCAAACAUCUGUCUGAAUUAUCAACAACAUAACAUUUAUGUGAAUGUCAUUACGUGAAACAACAUGACUGGAGAAAUAUCUUCAGUUAUUCUGACUAACUGUAAGAAGGGUUUUUUUUCUAAAAAGAAAUUAUUUGUUACUUCCCCAUUAUUUUGUAUUGUACCGUUACUACAUUGAUGCUGUGUAACUCACUGGUUGAGACCUAAAA